AUGUCGCUUCAGACCGGAAGUGGAGGGGGUGCACGUGAGGAACGUCUCUCUUUGGCGUGCGGGGCCUUUCCGAAGUCUCUCUCCUUUCCGCCGGCAGGCUGCCUCGUGACGUCACUCGCUCUGUCCUUCCACGUGGGCGCCGCUGAGUUGUGGAUGGAGGCAGCUGAGGCGAACCGGGGCGCGAAACCCCCGCCGGGGCUGGCGCUCCGCGGAGGCCUGUUGGCGCUCACCGGCGGGACGAGGCUCUUGGCCGCCCGCUUGAAGGAGCCCAGCCAUGAUGAUCUUUUUGUUUAUGACUGUGCCACUGCCAGCAAGACUCCUCAGGAAAAGCAAGGAAAAGACAUAAAGUCAUCAGGUAAAGCAAGUCAUGAUAUCCUUGCCUGUGCAUUUUCUUCAUCAGGAACAUAUUUUUCUCUGACGGAUGACAACAAACAACUGAUUCUUUUUCGCACAAAGCCUGCUUGGGAAUGUCUUAGUAUAAGAUCUGUCAUUAGAAGAUGUACUUCCCUGAUUAUAACAGCAACAGAAGAUAAGAUACUGGUUGCUGACAAAUCUGGCGAUGUCUAUUCUUACUCAAUCACAGAACCUGAAAAUCCAGGAACACUUGAACUUGGGCACUUGUCUCUUCUGUUGGAUGUGGUGCUGAGUCCCAAUGACCAGUAUAUCAUAACUGCUGACCGUGAUGAGAAGAUACGAGUUAGUUUGACUAGAGCGCCACAUAACAUUGUAUCAUUUUGCCUGGGACACACAGAAUUUGUCAGCAGAAUAUUUGUGAUUCCCAACUAUCCAGAUCUUCUCUUAUCGGCUUCUGGGGAUUGUACACUGAGGCUCUGGGAGUAUAAACAUGGUAAAGAAGUUUAUUGCUAUCACCUGAAGAGUUUGAACAUCUGUGAAGCCACCAAAAAUGAGAAGAAAUACACAGUAUUAAGGAUAGCCUACUGUUGUGAAGAAAGUUGCAUUGCUAUUCUAUAUGACUGUACUCCCGCAGUCUCCAUCUUCCAGCUUGAUGCUGGUGCUCAGAAACUCAUCGACAAGCAGCAUAUCCCUCUGAACUGCAAAGGCUGGGACAUUGCUUUUGAGGACACAGGUGGACUUUGGGUUUUACAGGAGGACAUGGAAACACCUCUUCUCCUCUACCAACUUGUGGAUGGACGAUGGCAGCCUGAUACUGAGGACAAAAGAUUGAAGAAAAUGACAAAGUACAUACAUGACAACUGGACAGCCUUUGAAGGCUGCAUUGGCAAAGAGAGCUGCUACCAAAAUCUCUACAAGGCUUCUUUUGACAACAUGGCUGUUUACCUACAAAAGAAGGAAGAGAGACUCCAGCAACAGAAAAAGAGUAGAAGGAAGGAUUCACAGCCUGAAUCAAAUGGACAGACAAAAAAGAUCAGAACAGAAGCACUGUCCUUGUGACUUUCAAGUGUGCCAAAGGAUUUGGAAAAAUCUUAGAACAGAAUAUCUUUUUGAGACUCAGUGGAGAAUGAGUCAACUUGAUAUUCAUACCAAAAAGAGCUUGCCACCUGGCAAGUGGCAAAUGUGAAUGGACAUAGGCUGAUUCACAUCCCUCCUUGUCAAAAAUAAUUAUGUCUCAUGUAACUUGUCUUAGCCAUUUGCCUCAAGAGUUGGGUAUUAUUGGGUGAUGCCGCUAUGACAUAUUUUUAUGAAAUAGGCUUUCAGGCAAACUUCCUCUUCCUAAUUUAGUUCAUUUUCUCAUUUUUUGAUUUCCUGUGAGUCCCAUAAAAUUAGAGUAAAUGUCAGAUCUCUGGAUCAAGUGUGCAUCAUUGAAGCUUUCCCCAUGGUGGACAAUUCAUGUCAAGCCAUAAAGGAAAUUGAGAACAAUAUGAAAUGGUGUGAACAUAGGUUUUAGUGACCAGAAAUAGGUAUAAAGUUGGGAUCAUCUUUUGGGGGCAGCAUCUUCCAGAAUCUCCCAGGCAGCAUGGAAAAUGUGAAUGGGAUUUUGGGAGUUAUAGUCAAAAAAAUAACUUUUGCAAGCUCUGGCCGGGUACUUAGCUAGUCAGCAUUUAGCACUGUUUCAUAAUGGUUUUUUGGGUUGCUCUAGUUCUUCUCAAGGUUUUGUUAAAGUCAAAAUAACCUCAGAUAGUUCUCUAUGAAGCCUUUCCAGAAUUGUUCAUUCCAUAUGAUGAUAUGACUGCCAGUUUAGCAAGUCAGAAGUAUAUAUAUUUUUGUACACUGUUCAGAGAAUUCUAGUUAUGGCAAUUAUUAAAGUAAAAUACAGUACUUCCAUAAAA